AUGGGCCAAGAGCGCCAAGAGCCCCAGACCUCGCGCGCCAUCGAGGAUGUCAAAGACUUGCAGCCGGAGCUUCUCCGAAGUGUGCCACUCCAUGCCUGCCUGGGAAUAGCCGGACGUGCUUGGUGGCAGAACCAGAAAGGUGUUGCUGACUUUUGCAUGCAGACGGCCACAAAUGAGUAUGACUACUUCUUCAGUCAUGACUGGAGAACGUCCGGGCGAUUGAAGUACGUGUCCCUUCUGAUUGUUUUCAACGGCGUGCCGGCAGCCUUGAGCAGCUUCGUCGUGAGCACUUGCCUGGGCGUGCUCACCUAUUUUGGUUUCCUCUCCAGGUCUGCGUGGUCGCUGUUGCCUGGCCAUGUGGUACCAUGGCUGGUCUUGGUCUUCUGGCAGGACGUGCUGCGACUCUUUCGCAAGCCCGAGCGGGCUUUCUUAGAUAGUCUCUGCAUACCGCAGGACGAUCAGGACCUGAAAGAGCGAUGCAUUCGCGGACUGGCCGCCUACCUCUGCCGAUCGAAGAAGUUGGUCGUCCUCUGGUCUCCCAACUACUUUCGCAGGCUCUGGUGCACCUUCGAGGUGGGCUUCUUUCUGAUGAACCUCCAGGGCCAGGUCGAAGACAUCACCUUCGUACCAGUCCAGAUCGGCACCCUGUGCAUCCUCUGCUAUGCUACAGCAACGGUUUUCCGCCUGACCUUGUUCCUGGUUCAAUACUCGGGCUUGCCCUUUAUGGAUUUCGUGAUUGUCGUCAUCAUCGCAGUCUUCGUUUUGGCCAUCUGUUUGACCCCUGCUUUCUUCUACUACUGGAGCGCGCUGUUGAGGGACGUCUUUGACUUGCCACGGCAGUUGCGAGAGUUCCGGCUGGAGAGCUCUGAAUGCUUCUGCUGUUCCCACGGGCAUCGACACCCUGUGAGCGGUGAGAAUAUUUUCUGUGACCGGGCACUGAUCUACCAGAACUUGAAGGUCCGCGGAUGUGGCGGCAGGGAGGAGCAGGCGCUUGAUGCCUUCAAUGGGCACGUGCGCCGAAUCUUGGCACCGAACAUCGAGCAGAAAUCGAAGCAUCACUUGCUGGUGUUGAAGCACACGCUUGUGGCUACUGCGGCGGCUUGCUUUCCACAUCUGGCAGUCAGUAUUCCAAGAAGCCUUGAAAGACGUGUAACUGGCUGGAGAGCCAAUGUUCUUUUCGCGGGCAGCCAGAUAUUCCUCGAUCUUGCUGUGGUGUUUUUGCUUCGAGUCACGUUGUUAAUCGGUCAGUUGGGCCACCAGCGUUUCUUUCGUCGACACAGGUUCUUUGCGAUUGCCAUGCAGGUUGUGGCGUUCUGCCUGGCUGCAUGCGGCGUGCUCCUUCCCUGGCCUUUGAGUGUUAUCCUAGCCGCGAACAACAGCAUGCUCCCGUUUGUGUCGGUCGUCUUGCUGCUACUCGCCAACAUCUGUUUACUUCGGCCUUUGCUGCGCAGCAGCCCGCCCAAAAGCUGCAGCAUGGCUGCGGAGAGGCCGACACCGGCGCCGAUACCUGCAGUCGACUUGCAUUCCCUCGACAACAGCGACAACGAGUCAGGCUCUUGCUUUGAGAUAUAA